AUGCUCGAACAGAUGGCAACUGUCCAUUCAGUCAAUCUGAGCGAGGUAAAUGGUGUGAAGGAGGAGAAAGGCAGUUUGGGGGGCCCGGAUGAGUCGUACCAAGAGAAUCCCACCAGUUUCUCCCUGCGCAGGCCAUCAAAAACCAUUACAAGAGCGCCACUAUCGAAUGGCAAUAAUGGGGUGUAUGUCAACCGGAAAUCCGCGCAGAAUUCAGAUCCAAGCCAGCAACUACCGAUGAGCGAAUCUGACAGCCUUCUCAACUUGUACACCGACUCUGGCGCCAGUAAUCCGAUCCUUGCACUACCAAAGGACGAAGACCAAAUACCAGAGAAUAUGUAUCGACUAGAAGAUCACGACCCAGACAUUGAAAAAUGGAUACACCGGGACAAGCUCGCAAGGAUAGAGGACGAGGAAUUGCAGGCUGCUGGGUUCCAUCUAGCCACACCAAGAGCCACGAGCACGAGAAGACGAGCACAGAGUAGGGAUAGACUGGGCGAAGAGACAGCCAGGAUAGAACAGGCUGAUCACUGGGCUUCGAAACGAGUCGAAAAGCGUCCCAGGGUCUCGUCUAUAACAAAUGAAAGAGCAGAGUCUCCUGAGAGUCGGGACUGGGAUCUACGAACACCAGAAGAAAUAGCCGCGACUGAUUCUGCCCGAUCUACCAAAACUUAUGGCUUGCUAACUGUCCGGAAAAGCGGAUCGAAGAUUCCAAUCUUGACAUCAAGCCCGCUACCAAUCCCAUCCGAGAGGAUAGACCGAGACACUCCGAUACCACGGAAACGCAAUUUUAGUGGAAGCAUUGAAGACGACGAGAACCUUGGGAGUCCUAGGAUAAGGACAAGAGGGAUUAGUGUGGGCAGCCAAAACCUGGCUGACGAGACAGAUGUCAACAAUAGCACACCUACCUCAACAGAUGUCACUCGGUCAAUCUUGAGCCCAGCAGAGGCAACUCCAUCAGCGGUGCCAAACCCCGGCGGAAAAGGUGUGAUAACAACCACUCCUAGUCCUCCAAGUGCGACGCGGAAGGGCACGCCUGCUGGGACUCGAAAGACAUCGAACACGCACAAGCCUCGCGUGCCAUCUAAUUCACAAAACGCAGCAACUCUUCAGCAUCCUCCCACUCGCUCCACAGAUCCAGAUCGACCCAGAACCGCUAUCAACCGGCCAGAAGGUGAAGCUCCCUGGUUAGCCACAAUGUAUAAGCCCGACCCUCGACUCCCACAAGAUCAGCAAAUCAUCCCGACACAUGCGAAGAAGCAGCAGCAGCAGCAGCAGAUCGACAAGAAUGGAUUUACACAUGCUGAUCACGACCAAGAAGGUGAGAAACGACCAUCGCUCAGUCAGCCUUCGCCGUCGCCACCCACUCCUGGAGUCGAAAAGGGCGGCGAUCCUAACGUCUGGCCAUUGAAGCCAAUAGGAAGGAUCAGAAGUUCGAGUACGAGUCGGCCAGGUACAGGUGGGAGCGGUAACGGUGGCUACAGCACCAUGCCUAAGGUCAUCAGUUCUCCACUCAAUUCACCGCCGGUCGGGGCGCUGGGGAGUCCGGGCCCGUCAAGCGUGCCGCAGAGCCUGCGGCGAACUCCUCCGCCUGGUGAGCUGGACAAAAAGAAGGAACGGAGUUGUGGCUGUUGUGUUGUUAUGUAA